AUGACCCAACUUGCUCCUGCACCAGCACUCGACUUUAGCAUCAACGCCGACCAAGUCAAGCAAAUCACCAAGGAUAUCAUUGAUGAGGAGCUUCGUGUCAACAAUGAGAUUGCAGCUCUCAAACCAGAGGAUCGCACUUAUGAGAACAUUGUGCCCAAACUUGCUCGCAUUGAAAACACCUUGUCUGGCAAGAUCCAGCUUGUGAGCUCGUUGAGUCAAAUUUCCCCUGACGCUGCUAUUCGUGAUGCAUCCGUUGCUGCCGAAAAGCAAUAUGAAGAAUUCAGCAUUGAACAAACCAUGCGACACGAUUUGUACGUUGUUAUCCAGGGUUUGAUCGACAAGACCGAUCUUAAGACUCUUGAUCAUGAAGAGGCUCGUAUGUUGUCCAAGAUGGAACGCAGCUUCCGCCGCAAUGGUUUGCACUUGCCUGAAGAAAAGCGCAAUGAAUUCAAGGAACUUCGUAAGCGUUUGAGUGAAGUCGGCAUCGAAUACAUGAAGAAUUGGAGCAACGAAAGCAGCACUAUCAAGUUCACCAAGGAAGAGCUCGAAGGCAUGGAUGACGACUUUUUGGGUGGUCUCAAGUCUGUCGAAGAAGAUGGUGUCAAGAAAUACAUUUUGACCAUGAAGUAUCCUGAUGUUCGCCCAGUAUUGAAGCUCUGCAAGGUCGACAACACUCGCAAGGCUUAUGCAACGGCAUUUGAAUCACGCAAUCGCGAAAACAUCGUCUUGUUGGAGGAGGCAUUGCGUCUUCGCAGACAGUGUGCCAAGAUCCUCGGAUACAAGACGCAUGCUGAUUAUGUUCUUGAAGUCAAGAUGGCCAAGACCGUGGAUGCCGUCCGCAAUUUCCUCAACGAUCUUGCCACCAAGUUGCGUCAGCCUGGUUUGAAGGAUGUUGCUGAUUUGAAGCAAAUCAAGAAGGAAGAGAAAGCUGCACGUGGUGAAGAGUUUGAUGAUAUGCUCAACCCAUGGGAUACCAGCUACUACGAGCGUAUUCUUCUUGAGAAGGAGUACUCCCUUGACCAAGAGAAGAUCAAAAAGUACUUUAGCUUGGAAACCACUAUCCAGAAAAUGUUGGAGAUCUACGAGAAGGUGCUCGGUCUCAAGUUUGUCAAGAUUCCAGCAGAGAAAGCGGUCGUAUGGCACCCUGAUGUGCAGUUGUUUGAAUGCUGGGAUGCUGUUGAAGAUAAGAGCUUCUCCGGUUAUAUGUACUUGGAUCUCUUCCCUCGUGACAACAAAUACCCACACGCUGCUUGUUUCCCCUUGCAGCCAUCCUACAUUGCCGAAGACGGCUCUCGUGUUGCUCCUAUUGCAGCUAUGGUCGCCAACUUUACCAAGCCUACUGCUGACAAGCCAUCUCUUUUGAAGCACGACGAAGUUGUCACCUUGUUCCAUGAAUUGGGCCACGUUAUGCAUCACUUGUGCAGCCGUACCAAGUUUGCAAGAUUCCACGGUACAUCGGUAGAGGGUGACUUUGUUGAAGCACCAUCUCAGAUGCUCGAGAACUGGUGCUAUGACCGUGAAUCUUUGAAGUAUCUCUCUGCUCACUUUGAAACCGGUGAGCCUAUCUCAGAUGACAUGAUUGAUCGCAUCAUCAAGUCCAAGAACGUCCUUGCAGCUCUCUUCAACUUGCGUCAAUUGUUCUUUGGUAUUUACGACAUGGAAAUUCACACCUCUGAAGAUGAGCAUAUCGACACCACCAAGCUGUACAAUGAGCUGCGUGAAAAGAUUUCAUUGGUGAAGGCACCAGAGGGUUCUUGUGGUCAAGCAUCAUUUGGUCACCUGAUGGGCGGCUAUGACGCUGGUUAUUAUGGCUACAUGUGGUCCAAGGUCUUCUCCAGCGACAUGUUCUAUACCAAGUUUGAAUCGGAUACGCUUUCACCCAAGACUGGAUAUUCUUAUCGCAAAUGCAUUUUGGAAAAGGGUAGCAGCAAGGAUGGAAUGGACCUUUUGAUAGACUUCCUCGGCCGUGAGCCAUCUUCAGACGCUUUCAUGAGAGAGGAUAUUGGCAUGCACUAA